CUUAAAAAGAGUUGUUACUAAUACUUACUCAUUGGGCUUUAUUUCACUGUCAAUUUCUGAGCCAAAGCAAAUCCCAGCACGACCCAAUCAUUUGUCCCGACGCAUCGUAUCGCAUUAGCAAUAAAUUAACGGUCCCAUAUAUUUUGAAAUUUGAAAAAGUAUAAUGUUGCCCAGGAGUAGUAGUACCCACCACCAUACAAGGAAAAAAACAAGAACCAAGAGCAUAUAACAAAAGUAAACACACCCGCUCCAAUUCUUUCUUCUUUUCCAUUUUAAAAUUCAAUUCUUCAAAACACUGAACCAACAAACCUCUAAUCCAAGUUCGCUUUCUUCAUCUUCUCUUAGUUUCUUUAAUUCAAGAAAGAAAUGGAAAACACUGGCCAAGAUUUUCUUGAUUCAAUACUCUGCAUUUCGGGUUCAAAGCUUAUUCAAUCAGGCUUAAUAACCUCUCAUAUCACAGAGAAACCAUUAAUAUUUACAAAUGCCGGAGGCGGGAGUAUAAAGCUCAAAGAAAGGAAUUUCGAGAUUGAUAUUGAAGAAGAUAAGAAUUUCAAUGGAGGAGAUGUUUUGAGAACAGAAGAAAGUAUAAUAAACGGUGGUGAUUUACCUAUUAUUUACCAGUCUGCUAGAUUUGGUAGCUUCUGUUACCAAUUUACUAGUCUACCUACUGGAGAUUAUUUUGUCGACCUUCACUUUGCCGAAAUUGUAAAUACUAAUGGUCCUAAAGGAAUGAGAGUAUUUGAUGUCUUUAUCCAAGAAGAGAAGGUUAUAUCCGAGCUUGAUAUCUAUUCAAUUGUUGGAGCAAACAAGCCAUUGCAAGUGCUGAAUGUUUUGGUAUCCGUUGGGGAAGAUAGGGAAAUUUUGAUAAGGUUUGAGGGUAUUCUUGGAAGUCCAAUUGUGAGUGGGAUUUGUAUAAAGCAAGCACCAGAAUUUCCUUCAUUUGAGGAGAAACAUGAGCAUAUAAUAUGUGACAAUUGUGCCACUGAGAUAAAGAUUUCGCAAUCUCAGAAGGUUGCAACAGCAAAAUGCAUAUCUAAAUAUGAGAAGAAGAUAGAAGAGUUGAAUGCUCUAUGCCAAGUUAAGGCAGAUGAAUGCUAUGAGGCUUGGAUGUCACUGACAGCUGCAAGUCAGCAGCUAGAGAAGGCUAGAAUGGAAGUUGAUAAUAGGUUCUUUCAGAAUAUGUGCUUAGAUCAAGCACUCAAAAAGCAAUCAGCAGAACUAAGCGAUAUUUCUGGUCGAUAUAAAUGUGAUAAGUUAUCUUGGUUUGCAGCUAUUGAAAAAUUGGAAAAGCAAGUUCAGAUGAUGAAGAUAGAACAAUCUCAGCUAUCUCAUGAGGCUCAUGAGUGUGCUACUUCAAUUUCUGAUUUGAAUAAGAUGAUAUUUUCGGUCCAAGCAUUAGUUGAUCAGUAUGAUGAUCUCAAGUUGAAGUUUAACAAAGAGCAAGCAGAGAGGAAAAAGCUUUUUAACCAAGUUCAGGAAGCAAAAGGAAACAUCAGGGUAUUUUGCCGUUGCCGUCCGCUAAGUAUGGAGGAGACAUCUGCUGGGUAUCAAACGGUGGUAGAUUUUGAUGCAGCAAAGCAUGGGGAUCUUGGGGUAGUAAUGAGUAGUUCAACAAAGAAAACUUUCAAAUUUGAUAGAGUUUUCACACCUAGGGAUGACCAAGUUGAUGUAUUUGUAGAUGUUUCUCCCAUGGCGAUUUCAGUCUUAGAUGGAUAUAAUGUGUGCAUAUUUGCUUAUGGUCAAACUGGAACGGGAAAAACCUUCACUAUGGAAGGAACAGAGGGAAACCGAGGUGUCAAUUACCAGACUUUGCAAACUUUGUUCAGAAUUGCUGGUGAAAGGAAAGAAACUGUCAAAUAUGACAUUUCUGUAAGUGUGCUUGAAGUUUAUAAUGAGCAAAUCAGAGACUUGCUUGCCACCUCACCAACAGCUAAGAGGUUGGAGAUAAAGCAAUUCUCCGAAGGAGUUCAUCAUGUCCCAGGGCUAGUUGAAGCAAAAGUUGAGAAUAUUAAGGAGGUCUGGGAUGUUUUGCAGGCUGGAAGCAAUGCAAGGGCUGUAGGAUCAAACAAUGUCAAUGAACAUAGUAGCCGAUCUCACUGCAUGCUUUGUACAAUGGUAAGAGCAAAGUCUUUGAUAAAUGGUGAGUGCACCAAAAGCAAGCUGUGGCUCGUGGAUUUGGCAGGCAGCGAGAGGCUAGCAAAAACUGAGGUGCAAGGUGAACGACUCAAGGAAGCUCAAAACAUUAACAGAUCACUUUCUGCUCUUGGUGAUGUAAUUUCUGCAUUGGCAACUAAGAGCAGUCAUAUUCCGUACAGGAACUCAAAGCUCACACAUUUACUUCAGGAUUCAUUAGGGGGUGAUUCAAAAACCAUGAUGUUUGUGCAAAUCAGCCCUUCUGAACGUGACCUGGGAGAGACUCUAAGUUCUUUAAACUUUGCAACCCGAGUUCGAGGGGUUGAGCUAGGUCCUGCAAAGAAGCAGAUUGACCUGGUUGAGCUUCAAAAAUUGAAAAUGAUGCUUGAUAAAGCAAAGCAAGAAUUGAGAUCUAAAGACGAUGUCAUGUACAAGCUAGAAGAGAACUUCCAAAACCUUGAAGGUAAGGCCAAAAGCAAGGAUCAGCUUUGCAAAAACCAGCAGGAAAAGACUAACGAACUGGAGCGCCAACUUGCAAUGAAGACAGAGUUAUGUGGAAAGCUGGAGAACCAGCUGUUACAACUUUCACAAGGAAUGAAGGGGAAGGAGGAAAUUUGCACAAAUUUUCAGCAAAAGGUAAAGGAACUUGAGAACAAGCUGAAAGAGCGUGAACAAGCAGAGUCUGUGAAUCUUCAGUACAAGGUCAAUGAGCUUGAGAACAGAAUGAAAGAAAGAGCACAGGAGUUUGAGAUUCAUUCAAAGAUGCUCCAACAAAAGGUAUUCCCAAACUACUUGCAUGCAAUUUUUACUCACGUCGGCAUGGACAUGUUCAGUGCGAUAUCGAUGCAUUUUCUCUUGUUACAGAUUAGGGAGCUCGAAAACAAGCUGACAAUGGAAAGAGACUACUCGGAUCCCCGGUUGCUCCAACAAAAGAUCAAAGUUCUUGAAGAGAAGCUCAGAGAGCAUGAACAGGGAGAGUGUAUAUCAAAACUAUGGUCUGCUGAAAAGCUAGGAGCCACUCCAAUUCAAACCACAUCAUCUAGAUUAGGUGAUGUUGAUUCCUCUAAUCGGAGGAGCUUGAGUGCUAGCAACCGAUCAAUGAACCAGGGUUCUCUAUUGCUCAAGGGACCCGAUUCCCUUCGUGAAGUGAGGAGAAAAAGAGACAUCCCAAGCAAAGGGACGGAGAAUAAUUUCUUGUUAGCAACUUCUUUACUUGAGAAGAAGACAUCGUCCCCACAAAUAAGCAAAUUGAGGCAUCUUGACCCGUCAAAAGUACUGUCAAGAAUUACAAGAAAUGCUAAACCGACCAUUAAUGGUCAAACGGCAUACUCUAGGAACAACACGAGGAUCAACAGAGACCAGGUCACGGGGGUAAAGGACAACAAUAAUAAAUUGAAGGUUUGGUUAAGGUAGUUUAGGUGGUGUAUGGAAGUGCUUUUUGUUUGUCCUACACCUUAUUGUAUUGAUUUGAAAUCUAGGUCAGGAACUGUAAUUUUGCAGAAAUCAUUUUCACUGUAAUCUUUCCGUGCAUAUGUAUAUAUAGUUAUUCUUUUCAUUAGUGUGGAGUGGUAUCAUUCCGAAAACACUGGUUGAAGUUGUAUUUUUUAAUCUAAAUACGAGUGAAAAUUUUCAAGGCCAAUUUAAUAGGUCUUGUAUGAAGAACAUUA